AUGUCUGGCAGGAUCUACAAAUUUUUCACAGGUAAACAGCAGCCGCAAUGGAUGUGGGAUCUUGCUUUGGAGGUUCGUAUUCCAGCUAUUUUCUUGGCCUAUGCUGUGUACGUCAACACGCGUUGCUAUUAUGACGCCUUAACUGCAUAUCAGGCUAAUUCUAGAUGGUCUAUUACUCGCGGAAAACUGUUGGAGCUUCGGAAAUUGAAUUAUCGCUACAUCAGCGUUCCUCGUUAUGCGGUUCGCUACGAGUACGAAGUAGAUGGCAAAAAAUACGUAUCAACAAGGGCAACUACCGGAUCUCCCUACAGAAAUUGGAUGGAGCGCUUUUACAAUGACACCAUUACUGAGUCUCACUACCUCCAGGCUAUCCCUGUGUUGCGUGUGGGCGAGCACUGCACUGUCUUUUAUGACAAGAAUAACAUUGGGUCGCAUUCAGCCCUUGCCCAUGACGCAAACUCAUUUGAGAUAUCUCUCUUGACCUUCUUUGCCGUUUUCCCUCUCCUCAUGGGAUACGUCAUGAAGACGCACUGGUGGAUGCUCAAGAAGGCGUACUUGCCAAACAAGACGAUGCGUGUGCGUUUCCCACCAAAUUCCCGCCCACCCCCACCACCCGAAGCGCCAGAGAGUGUUUCACAAAUCUCACCGCUUCCCAAAGCGUAG